AUGGGGUCCCGGCUCCUGGAGACGGGCAGUACGCAACUAAUUCGCAAUACAGCCGCCCAGCAGCUGGCAGAUGUCCAAAAACAGCAUCCAGAUGAGCUGUUCAACCUGCUCGGGCGCAUCUUGCCCUACCUCAGAUCCAAAUCCUGGGAUACCAGGACGGCCUCGGCCAAGGCCAUCGGCUUGAUUGUGGCUAACGCAGAGAUCUAUGACCCAAAUGAAGAUGACGGGCUUCAGAUCAAGUCAGCCGCAGAUGAAGAUGACGUCGAGAUCAAGUCAGAGGUGAAGUCAGAAGAGGCAUUCUCAAUCGACGAAUUCCUCAAGCUUGAUACGAUGGAUCUCACGUCAAUUUUGAAAUUCGGAAAACGUCUGCUGGGCAGUGCGGGCAAGGAGUACGAAUACUCGUUGGCGUCGAUGGAGCCAACGGCUCGAUUACAACACCAGAAGAAGACACUCACUUCGCGACUUGGUCUGAACGGCGAAUAUCUCGAAGAGGACCUGAUCGAGGAUGUCGAGAAGGCACCCAAAGUGGUUUCUCCGGCCCCCAAGGAUGAACCCAAGAUCGCGCCCCUUUCGCGUCAGAACACGCUAAUGGAUGCUCCUUCGCGUCGUCCCUCUUCGCCCAAUGAAACUGCGAUCAAGGAAGAUGGAGGACUGAGCAAGCGACAGCUCAACCAAUUGAAGCGCAAAAACAAGCAACAUGCUAAGAUGGGGGCGAAUAAGGUCCGCGUGGUGGAUUUAUCCUCGCGUCGACCCUCCGAGGUCGUGACGACUUCGACACCUACCACCCCCCAUCCUGUAAAGGCGGAAAAUGGGGAUGACCAGAACGGCGAGACGAAGAAUGAUUAUUUCUCAUUUGAACGCAACGAAGAAGACGACGAUUCUAAAGUUGUCUCCGAGUUCAAGGGUGUUGUCGCCCCAGAGAGGCCUCACCUGCAACCUGAGAUCGCGGAACAGGGUGGGGGAUGGCCAUUGGAACACAUGUGUGAGUUCCUCACCAUAGACAUCUUUGACUCCAACUGGGAAGUCCGACAUGGUGCGGCUAUGGCCUUGCGUGAAGUGAUUCGAGUUCAGGGCGUGGCUGCUGGUCGUCAAGAUGGAAAGAGUCGUGCCGAAAACGACACUCUUAACCGCCAAUGGCUGGACGAUCUGGCCUGCAGACUUCUCUCCGUCUUGAUGCUCGACCGAUUCGGUGAUUACAUCUCCGAUAACGUUGUGGCCCCCAUUCGUGAAACCGUGGGCCAGACGCUGGGUGCCUUGCUCUCACACCUUCACCCGAGAUCAGUCCGAUCAGUCUAUCGAUGCCUCUACCGCAUCAUCAUGCAGACAGACUUAGGGCUAGAACGUCCUGUUUGGGAGGUCUGCCACGGUGGUAUGAUCGGCCUGCGCUAUCUAGUUGCCGUCCGAAAAGACCUGCUCGUGAAGGAUUCGAGCAUGAUGGAUGGUGUUUUGGAGGCUGUUAUGAAAGGACUUGCUGAUUUCGACGACGAUGUUCGAGCCGUUAGUGCCGCAACACUUGUGCCCAUUGCCGAAGAGUUCGUGACAUCACGGACUGGCACUCUUGGUCCACUGAUGAACAUCGUCUGGGACUGCCUUUCUAACCUUCAGGAUGAUCUCAGCGCCAGUACAGGUUCCGUGAUGGACCUUUUGGCCAAGCUGUGCACCUACCCUCAAGUUUUGGACGCAAUGAAGGCAAACGCUGCUGAUGACGCCGAGGCAUCGUUUGGCAAGCUUGUUCCUCGCCUUUACCCGUUCCUUCGCCAUACCAUUACCAGUGUUCGCUCAGCUGUACUUCGUGCUUUGACGACGUUCCUCAAACUGGAAGGCGAAGGCACCACAGACUGGGUAGAUGGCAAGGCUCUACGUUUGAUCUUCCAGAACCUCCUGGUGGAGCGCAACGAGGGCGUUUUGAAACUUUCUGGCCAGGUGUGGUCUGAGCUCCUCCAAGUCGCCGAAUUGCGCGGUUCCUUCAAAUCCGCAGAAGAAUUGUCCGAAUCAAUCUCUCCUCUCGUCAGCCUGACAUUGGGCGCCUUUGGUGUUCCUCGAUACCCCAUCCCUAUGAACGCAUCACUCUUCAUCAAGCCGUCAGGACUGCCAUUCUCCAUCGCCGCCCCCGCCCCUACACCUUCUAAACCUUCACCUCCAGCUCCUGGCGCCGCCGAGACAAAACCUGGACGCAGACGCAAGUCAGAGAAGAAGGAAAAAGAGCCACCAGCACCUUCGGCACACAAUGUGGACGGACACAUGUUAUCUGGCGAUAUUGACCUCGUCGGUGCCGACACCAUGUUGCGAUCCAAGAUCUUUGCCUCAAAGGCGUUGGGCGAGCUGAUCUCUUUCUGGGACAAGAACGAGCUACCGAGUUUCUGGCCUUCUAUCCUUGGGGGUCUCAAUGUUUCUGCUUCAACCACUCAGCUCGCUUCGGCGAUGAUCAUCGAAGAAUACGCUCGCCGCUCUGGACCAGACAGCAAGUUUACCUCUGAUCUCUGCGAAAACCUACGACGCAUCCUCGAAAACGAGCGCCCACCAUGGUACUCGGACAUCGCAUGCUACCUGCAUGUUGCGCGCGCCCAAUGUCAUUCGCUGUUGAAUACAUUCCGUGACCAUGCACACGUUGCACCUUCCCGGCUGCCGACCUUGGCCGUCGUUGUUCAAGGCGACUCAGAGGCUGGUCCUAACGCCUUCUCUUUGGCCGAUGCCGAGAAGAUCGUUGGCCCUGACUUUGACAGGCUGAAGAAGAACCUGACACCCGCUCAAAGAAUCACCGCUACCCAAGUUUUGACAGAUACCCGCGCAACCACCCUGUCUGCAGUCGACGAAGCACGACUGAUGAGAGAACAGCGGGAUAUGCGGGUCUUGGCUGCCACAGCUGGUGCUCUUGUCGCCUUACGGGAUAUUCCCAAGAAGCCUGGUAACAUCAUUAAGGGGAUGAUGGACAGCAUCAAGAAGGAGGAGAACCUUGAACUCCAACAGCGCUCAGCGACAGCGGUGGCCGGGUUAAUCGAAUACUACACAGCCGCGACCAAGCGUGGUCCUGUGGACAAGAUUAUCGGAAACCUGGUCAAGUACUGCUGUGUUGACACCUCUGAGACACCUGAGUUCCCACACAACGCCCAGCUCGAGAAGUCGAUCCUGUCUCUCCGCAAAGAGGAGGACCGCCGCGAUCACCCUGAUGCAGCCAAGUUUGAAAGAGAAGCUAAGGAAGCAAGGAUCAUGCGACGUGGUGCCAAGGAUGCUCUUGAGCAAUUGACUGUCAAGUUCGGCGCCGAACUUCUGGAGAAGGUUCCAAAUCUUGCCAAGUUGGUUGAACGGCCUUUGCGAGAGGCUUUGGCAAAUGAUGAACUCCCAGAAGACAUCACCAACCCCGAGAAUGAGCUUGGUCAAGAGAUCGUCGACGGCUUGUCUACACUGAGGGCUCUGCUCCCCAAAUUCGACCCGGGUCUUUACCCAUGGGUUCUCGACCUCAUGCCGAUCAUCGCGAAGGGUCUUCAGUGCCGCCUCUCUGUCAUCCGAUACGCAGCAGCAAAGUGUUUCGCCACUGUUUGCAGCGUCAUUACAGUACAGGGUAUGACCAUGCUCGUGGAGAAGGUUUUGCCUAUCAUCAGCAACGGCUUGGAUGUCCACCAUCGUCAAGGCGCAAUCGAGUGCAUCUAUCACUUGAUUCACGUCAUGGAAGAUGGUAUCCUCCCUUACGUUAUCUUCUUGGUGGUUCCUGUUCUUGGCAGAAUGAGCGAUUCGGACAAUGAUGUGCGACUUCUGGCAACGACCUCCUUCGCGACCCUCGUCAAGCUGGUUCCCCUCGAGGCUGGUAUUCCAGACCCACCUGGCUUCUCAGAAGAGUUGCUCAAGGGACGAGACCGCGAGCGGAAGUUCAUGUCUCAGAUGCUGGAUCCAAAGAAGGUCGAGGAAUUCUCAAUUCCGGUCGCGAUCAAAGCAGAGCUUCGACCCUACCAGCAAGAUGGUGUCAACUGGCUUGCUUUCCUCAAUCGCUACAACCUGCACGGUAUUCUUUGUGAUGACAUGGGUCUCGGAAAGACAUUGCAGACCAUUUGCAUUGUUGCCAGUGAUCACCACAUGCGCGCGGAAGAAUUUGCCAAGAGCCAGUCUACUGAUUCACGGAAGCUCCCUUCUUUGAUCGUCUGCCCACCAUCUCUGUCUGGACACUGGCAACAAGAAGUUAAGCAGUAUGCUCCGUUCCUGAGUUGUAUCGCAUACGUCGGUCCUCCAGCCGAACGAUCAAGACUCCAGCCAAUGCUGGCUACUACAGAUAUCAUCGUCACUUCUUAUGAUGUUUGUCGAAACGACAACGAUGUUCUCAGUCCCAUCAACUGGAAUUACUGUGUCCUCGACGAAGGUCACCUCAUUAAGAACCCGAAAGCCAAGAUUACUUCUUCAGUCAAGAAACUGAUGAGCAAUCAUCGUCUCAUUCUAUCUGGCACACCGAUCCAGAACAACGUACUUGAGCUAUGGUCGCUGUUUGAUUUCCUGAUGCCUGGUUUCCUCGGCACAGAAAAGGUCUUCCUGGACCGAUUUGCGAAGCCUAUUGCAGCCAGUCGUUUCAGCAAAUCGUCCUCCAAAGAGCAGGAGGCGGGUGCCCUGGCAAUCGAAGCUCUGCACAAACAAGUUCUGCCCUUCCUGCUUCGUCGUUUGAAGGAGGAAGUGCUGAACGACCUGCCCCCUAAGAUCAUCCAGAACUACUACUGCGACCCAAGUGAGUUGCAGAAGAAGCUCUUCGAAGACUUCAGUAAGAAGGAGCAGAAGGAGCUGGCAGACAAGGUUGGCAGUGCCGACCGCGGCGACAAAGAGCACAUUUUCCAGGCGCUUCAAUACAUGCGUCGUCUAUGCAACUCCCCUGCAUUGGUUGUCAAGGAAGGCCACAAGCAGUACAAUGAGGUUCAAACGUUCCUAACCUCUAAGCGUUCAAAUAUCAGGGACGUUUCCCACGCGCCCAAGUUGAACGCCCUCAAAGACCUCCUGGUGGAUUGUGGUAUUGGCCUUGACCACACUGCAGAGGGUGAAUUGGACACUGGAGCAAGCUAUGUCAGCCCCCACCGUGCUCUCGUGUUCUGUCAGAUGAAGGAGAUGUUGGACAUUGUUCAGAAUGAUGUUCUCAAAAAGCUUCUCCCAUCAGUACAGUACCUUCGUCUUGACGGUGGCGUGGAAGCAACAAAGCGUCAGGACAUUGUCAACCGUUUCAACACUGAUCCUAGUUACGAUGUCCUGCUCUUGACUACCAGUGUUGGUGGUCUGGGCCUGAACCUCACGGGAGCUGACACCGUCAUUUUCGUGGAACACGACUGGAAUCCACAGAAGGAUAUCCAAGCCAUGGAUCGCGCUCACCGUAUCGGUCAGAAGAAGGUUGUCAACGUCUACCGCCUGAUUACCAGAGGUACCCUGGAAGAGAAGAUUCUGAACCUGCAACGAUUCAAGAUCGACGUCGCCUCUACCGUGGUCAAUCAACAAAACGCCGGACUAGGAACCAUGGACACAGACCAACUCCUAGAUCUAUUCAAUCUCGGCGAAACAGCAGAAACAGCCGAGAAACCUGACGCCACCGGCAAUGAAGUCGACAUGGUUGACAUUGACGGCGAAGUCAAAGAAAAGGGCAAAAAGGGCUGGCUAGACGACCUAGGGGAGCUCUGGGACGAUCGCCAAUACCAGGAAGAGUACAACCUGGAUUCGUUCCUGGAAACCAUGAAGAAUUGA